UUCCGGUGGAGGGGACGCAUGAUCUCCAGCAGGCUGUCUCUGCGAGUGCUGAGUCCAAGAGCCUCUUUUGGCAUCUCCGCUGCUAGAAGCCGGCCGCUGCUCGGGUCGGACCGAACACAUUCCUCCCUUAGUUGGGACGCUUCCUAUCAUUCAAAGGUGUGACUCGGACACCGGCUUUUUUUUUUUUUGGGGUGUGCACUCCCGUGGCACGUCGCUCCUAACCUCAGUGUAGUGAAGCACCCUAUAAAAGACGGAAAAACAAGCCAGGAUGGAGCAGAGAGACACAGCCCCCGAUUGUUGGGAACAAGAGGACGACGUGGAGGCCACAAUCGACGGGCAACUUGAAUCCGCCUUCAAGACGUUCAACGUGAACGCCAAGCCCUUUGUGCCCAACGUGAACGCCGCCGAAUUUGUCCCGACGUUCGUCGCGAAAGCCCCCGCGGGGAAUGACGACUCGGCGGGUAAUGACAUAUUGACCAACAUGGAGGUGGCGGAAAACACUGCUCCGAUGGAGAACGGCGACGCAGAAAUGACCUCAGAGGAACCAUGGGACCAGAAAGAAGCUGAACCUAACGAGGAAGAGCCAGGAGGUGGGUGCAGUGGCGACCACGGUCCAGAAGGGGUAACAGCAGCCGAAGAGUCGGGGUCAGAGAUGAUGGAGGAGGAGGAGGAAACGCCUUUUCCCAAGGGUCCACCUCCACAGCCAGACGCACCUAAGAAGGAGCACAUCAAUGUCGUGUUCAUCGGGCAUGUAGAUGCUGGAAAGUCUACCAUUGGUGGACAAAUCAUGUAUCUUACGGGCAUGGUGGAUAAGAGAACCUUAGAGAAGUAUGAGCGAGAAGCAAAGGAGAAGAAUAGAGAAACCUGGUACCUGUCUUGGGCCUUGGACACCAAUCAAGAGGAGAGGGACAAAGGCAAGACGGUGGAAGUGGGCCGAGCAUACUUUGAAACAGACAAAAAGCACUUUACCAUCUUAGACGCACCCGGCCACAAGAGUUUUGUGCCCAACAUGAUCGGAGGUGCAUCACAAGCUGACCUGGCUGUGCUGGUGAUCUCUGCCAGGAAAGGAGAGUUUGAAACCGGCUUUGAAAAGGGUGGACAGACGCGGGAGCAUGCUAUGUUGGCCAAAACAGCGGGAGUCAAACAUCUGAUUGUUCUGGUGAAUAAAAUGGAUGACCCUACUGUCAACUGGAGCCUGGAGAGGUACGAAGAGUGUAAGGAGAAAUUGGUGCCAUUUUUGAAGAAGGUGGGCUUCAACCCAAAGAAAGACAUUCAUUUCAUGCCAUGUUCCGGGUUGACGGGGGCCAACCUGAAGGAACCCACUAACAUGUGCUCCUGGUACACAGGUCUUCCAUUCAUUCCACACUUGGACAGUUUGCCAGGUUUUAACAGAUCGAGCGAUGGCCCUAUCAGAUUGCCAAUUGUCGACAAAUACAAGGACAUGGGCACUGUGAUUCUAGGCAAACUUGAGUCAGGCUCCAUCAGUAAAGCACAGCAGCUGAUUAUGAUGCCAAACAGGCACAAUGUGGAGGUGUUGAGCCUCUUGUCAGAUGACGUGGAGACGGAUGAUGCUGCACCAGGAGAAAAUCUCAAAUUAAGGCUGAAGGGUAUUGAGGAGGAGGAGAUCCUUCCUGGGUUCAUCCUGUGUAACGCGGAGAACCUCUGCCACUCUGGACGCACUUUUGACGCCCAGAUUGUCAUCAUCGAACAUAAAUCUAUCAUCUGUCCUGGUUAUAAUGCUGUCCUUCACAUUCACACCUGCAUCGAAGAAGUGCAGAUUACGGCCUUAAUUUGUCUGGUAGACAAGAAGACAGGAGAGAAGAGCCCGACGCGGCCGCGGUUUGUUAAACAAGAUCAGGUCUGCAUCGCACGCCUGCGCACGGCUGGAACCAUUUGCCUCGAGACCUUUAAAGACUUUCCUCAGAUGGGACGGUUUACCUUACGAGAUGAAGGUAAGACCAUCGCCAUCGGUAAGGUUCUGAAGCUGGUUGCUGAACGGGACUGAAGACGCAGUUGCACAAGAGUCCAGGUCAGAAGGAGGGAGGGGUGGUCUGGGCGCAAAGUCACCUCCCUCUGACACUGUUGAAGACCAGCUUCAGAAAAAACAAACUUUUACGAUACAGAGAAGUUCGUUUUUAAAUAGAAGAAAUCCAAGAAGUCCACACAAGUCAGCUUUCUCAUAUUGAGAGCUCAGCUAUGCCAUUUCUGGGUAAGCCAGCCCUCCACCUUUCCCCGCCUCCCAAAUCUAGUCUAUUCACAACGGCAUUUUGUUUUUGUUUUUUCUUCCUUUUUAUGUUGUUGCUGUAUUAAUGACCUCAACAAAUGACAGAUGUUAUCUGUGAACAGAUGUGGACCACCAUUUUUGCUUGGAUUAUGACAUA